AGGUUUGCUUUAAGAUCCAGUAUUCAUAAUAUCUGAAAACAUACACCGGGGUUCUAUAAAAUGGCGCCAGUAUGUCAGAAAUCAAACAAUCUGAAUGGCCUCCGGUAAAAGUAGGUAUUCCUUACGUUGCUCAAGUCAGGAGUGAUAGACAUAUUCUUUGGAAACCCCUGCCAACAACCCCAGGCAGUACGGAAGAGCUUGUUGAAGCGCUGGCCCUUGUCACGCUUUCUCAUCUCCUCUCAUACAUUUUUAAUUACUCAACAGUCAGAAAAGUUGAAUAAGGGAAAAAGUUUUCAUCAAAUGUUUGUCUACAAAACCUUGACAGAUUAAAAAAAGAAGCUGUUUUUAUAUCUAGAUUUGGCCCAGGAGUGCUCAGGCUUUAUGCCUGCAGUGUUUUUAGUGAAACACAGGGAGUAUUUUGUGCUGAGCUGUGGUAAGAUCACAUUUUGUUCAAGAGAACACAUUGACAGUCACUUCCCUUUUGAGAGCUGCUGUUUUGUGUUGCUGGCUUUCUAAUAUGGGUGGUGGUGACAGAAAACUGUCAGCUUGAAAAACUAAACUGUGUUGGUUUGCUGUUAUUGGCAUGAAGAUAACACAUGUUUUGGAAUUGAAUUGGGCUUGUACUUUCUGAAAAGCUUGUCACUUCUGCCGAAUUAAGAUGUGCAUGAAAGCUGGAGCAAUCAAUCAACCAAAACGUUCAAUAAACCUGAUACAUGGUAAUCUGCCCAUAGUCUUUAUCUACUUGAUAUCAGCUUUUACUCAGCACGUGCAUUGCAUGCAUAAUGCAGUACAUCCGUAUACAUUGGAGCUGGCUUCAACCGUGCACUGCGGGAUGCAGUUGCCUACCAAGCACAUACAGUGGCUUUUUUGUCACCAGAGGGGGGCAUUACUACCUCUAGUCUAGACUGGCGUCACUGGUCUCCUGGCAACAGUACGGGCGAGUUGUCGAUGAAGGUUCCAAAUAGACUGCUGUACAGAAAAGGAGUGCAUGUUUAGCAUUGAGAACCAUGGGCCUGCCUUGUACAAGAAGAAACAAUUACCCUCUAAGAAAUGAUCAUGUUUCAUGUCUUCUGUGAAUUUGUAUCUACUACAGCAAGACUGCCGACAAUUUUCAGAACGUGCGUAAUUGAUUAAAUGGAAAAUACCAAGUGCUGUCAGCUGACAACAUAGUGCGAGUGUGCGACCAACAAAAACAACAACAUUGAAACGAAAAGAAAGGACGUCCAAGAAGAAGCAGCGGUUUAGUGUGGUGUUAGACUAUAUGAUGAGAUGCAACCUUUUGUUGCUCUUUCUACUGUUAGAAAAUGUCACAUUUUGUCUUGCUACAUAAAACGCAUCUGAUUAUCGCGUAAACCACUGGGACUGUAUUCAUGUAUGUUGUUUCGAGAGACCGUUACUUUCCAUCAAAUAAACUGUGAAAUAACGAUUUAUUCAGUCAAGAAGCCACACAAAACGACUUGCCAAGUACUUACGAACCAUGAUUAAAUUCCAUAAUUCGGACCUAUGGAUUGCUUGGCUGGUUUUAUUUUGCAUGGAAGUGAGCGUGAGGGCGUUGGAUGUCACAGUGACCCAGAGCAGCAUCCAGGUAGCCCGCGGCCAGGCGGCCAUCUUGCCCUGCUCCUUCUCCACCAGCGCUGCCCUCAACAACCUCAACAUUAUCUGGAUGGUCAUCCCGCUGUCCAAUGCCAAUCAGCCCGAACAGGUGAUCAUCUACCAAGGUGGCCAAGUGUUCAGUCUAGCCAACCACUUGAAUGGCCGGGUGGGUUUCGUGGCCACCAUGCCCAGCACAAGUGCCUCUAUCUUCAUCAACAACACCCAGCUGUCAGACACGGGGACCUACCAGUGCCUGGUCAACAACCUCCCCGACAGAGGGGGGCGCAACAUCGGGGUCAUCGGCCUCACCGUGCUGGUGCCCCCCUCGGUGCCUGCAUGCCGUGUCCAGGGCACGCUGGACGUGGGCGCUGACAUCAUGCUGAUGUGCAACAGCGAGGAGGGGAUCCCCACGCCCACCUACGCCUGGGAGAAGCUGGAGUCGCUGCCCAAGCUGCCCCACACCGCCAUGCAAGACCAGAUGCAAGGGACCGUAACACUGAGGAACAUCAGUACCAGUACCUCUGGUCUGUACCAGUGUACAGCCUCCAACGCCAUCGCCAAGAGCACCUGUCUACUCAACCUGCAGGUUGUGGCACCCCAGCCCCAGAGUGUGGGUCUCAUAGCUGGCACCAUCGCCACGGGCGUGCUGGCUGUCAUCAUCUGCUCCUUACUGGUGCUGGUGACACUCUUCUACUGGAAGAACAAGAACAAAUACGAGGAGGAGGAGAUACCCAACGAGAUCAGAGAGGACGACCUGCCCCCUAAGAGGUCGUCGUUAGUGAAAGCGUUUCACGCCGACGCCUCAUCCUCGGAGAACGACACCCUGACGUCCACCAACACCUACAACAGCCGCUAUUGGCACAACCCCAAGCCCAACUACGACACCAACUCCUACACCCGCCACAAUGGUGACACACGCCAGACGUUCCCUACGGGGCAAGCGGCUCACACAGGACACGGGACACUGGCUCCGCCGGGCUCCGCCCCCCUGGCAUGUCAGGCCUACUCCAAUGGUAGCCACACCCUCCCCCCGCCCAAGACUCUGGUGGUCACCACCAACUCCGCCCCCUCCCCGCCCACCAUGGUGCGCAGCAAUGGCUCGGUCAGCCUGAAGCCCGUGACGGUGGCAUCGCAUGGCGGGUUCACGCACUCGUACGCCGUAAGCCAGGCCACGCUGGAGCGCAUGGGCGCCGUGCCCGUCUUGGUGCCAGCCCAGAGCAGAGCAGGCUCUCUGGUCUAAAGUAAACUCUUACUGGGUUGCACCAGCCUGCCUCCCCACUUCGUCUCUGUUUCUCCCUUUUUUUUUACUCAUUAAAGGGGAUUUUACAUUACCGACUUCAUCUAAUGCCAACGUCUCCAAGUACAGGAUCCCGUUUGAAAGCAGCACCAGGUGUUCUAUUGCUAUUGGUUGGUUUUGUAUCUUUUCUUGGGUGUGGUUUUCUCUCACUGGUUCCUUGCAUUUAAAUGGCUGUAACCAGUGGGAUUAUCGUACAAAAGUCACACAUGAUCAUCUGACCUUUCAGGUGACUGUGACUGUGCGUUUUGGACUCAUCACGACAGUGAGCAUUAACCGUUUAAUCUCUGUGUUUUAACCACACCUAGACGCUCCGAGCCCUGCAAGUCCCAUAAAGAAGCAUCCGAACGAGCAUGUACUGUAUAUUCCAUUGAAAACAAAGAACCGGAUUCUUGCUAUUAUUUCAUAUCACUCAGCUAUUGCGGUGAUUAUAAUCGUUUUGUAUCUUUUUUCUUUUUUUAAAUGUCAGAGAUGUUCUUUGAUUCACUGUAGUGGUCUUACAUGAACAGAACCAUAGUGGUGGAAAUGGCCUUAGAAGAGUAGAGAGUUACGGGGAUUUCUGGUGAAGUACCAAAUGGCAAAGACAACAGAAUGGCACAACACAGUAGGCUGUUCCUUUGACUGGACAGGGGGUUUCUGAUUCUGUCCAUUAGCUCCGACUUCAACACGUUCAUACGUUUUGUUUUGCACGGUAACACACUUUCAUCGAAAAACUCCUCUGAAGUCAUGCCAUUACGAACAGUGUACACACAUAUAUUUCUAUGUCUUCAUUAUGGAACGGUCUUACCUAUGCACCCCCCGUUACCUCUACAGCGUUACAAAUGGGAGAGAUGGAGCCUCUUCAGCACAAACCGGUAAGGGUUCGGAAUUUACAUUGAUUCGGUCCAGUAUUGGUAACUAUGGUCUUACCUCAAGAUCCCAUUAUGCUAAAACACCUCUCCCUGAAACUUGAAUCUGCAGUUUGAGUCGUACUGACCGUGUUUUAUGGAAAUACGUGCUAUUUUCAACCUGCUAUUGAUUUGUUUUAACAAAAUCCAAAUCUCACAUCAGUGCUGUUCGACAAGAAAACAUGGGGGAUAUCUUAUUUCAUACAUCCUUUAAGAAAAUGUAUAUUUAAAGGGGAUUUCCCUUGAGAAUGCUAACAAUCACUGUUUUGUACCUACUGGAAUUAUUGUAACUACUGGUAGGCUAGGUUGUGAAUUUAAGAAUAAUACAUUUAUUUUUUAUUUUUAAUCUCCAAUGGAUGCAUAUUUUACAACUCAUGCAGCUUAAUUUAAGAGGUCUAUUCAUUUCUGUUAACAGACUAAACUAAACUGGGUUUUGUAGAAUGUUGUAUUGUGUUUGUAAAGAAGGGAUGUCGUUUUUAUUUUAUAUUUUUUACAACUAGGUGUCCUCUGUGGGUGAAGCUGCAUGUUUGGGCAGUGCAAUUCAUACAAAAAUGACAAAGUAUCACCGAAACCCGUAUACUAAAAUGACUGUCUGCGUCUGUUGAUUGUAAUAAUGAUUUAACAUACAUUUAAUACAUUCUCUACCAGUUGUUUUCCAGGGCACUUUGAUUUCUUUCACAGCUACAAAUUUAGCAUUGAAAUAAGUUAACUGAAGUAUCCCCAAUGAUAGUUGAAAAUGAAAUGAAUACCACCUGUUAAUGAAACAUCUAGGUUUGUUCCAGCAGUGUUGUAAUGUGUUGCUAUUGGAGGUAAGAACGCUUCGAGGACCAUCUUUUUUUUUAUACCUGAAACUAACUGCUGAUUUAGGUUUUUAUAUUAAUUUGCCAAAAUUAUCUGUCCUGCUCUUUGCAUUUAAACUCUUAUUAAUAUUGAACUUAAUAUCUCGCUCGAAAGACAAAUUGUUUUGAUAUUGUGUGAUAUUACAUUUAAAAAAUUGUACUAUUAAUUUUAACCAACAAAAAAAACCCCACUUACUCCUGAGGGAAAAAAAAACAUCUCUUGUAUUUGGGGUCAGUAAUCUUUCUCAUUCAGUCUCUACAUAUACUGCACCCAAUAAUAGCUGUGGUCUCCACAGUAUGAAUUUGGCCAUUCAAUGUGCUCAAGUUAAGUGUUAUUGAAGUUAAUUGAAAUAUGCUCCAGUAAGAAGCCAUUAGACGUAGUCAAUUAAACCUCCUCAAGUAAAGCAAUAUGGAUGGUGAGCAGAACUUUCCGUCCUGAAGCAAUAAAGACCAACCAGGUGAAGCACAUUAGGAGGACUGUUGAUGUGAAAGAUAGACCUUUAUCAAACUGUUCCUUUUCAGUCACUCACUCAGCUCAUUGGCUUAUGUGUUGUCUCAUUCCCUCCAUCAGGGAACCAAGAUUAUAUUCAUAACUUAAUCAUGCGGCCAUGAGACUAAAACACUGUUCAGUAUUAUCAGGUCAUACGCACAACUUCGGAGAGUAUUCUUUGAGUUUGUUUGGUGUUCAGAGACUUGUUUCAACGUCAGAGUGCAUCCAUAUGAUUUAUGUAUGUACUCUUUCAUGUACAGUGCCUUCAGAAAGUAUGCAUACUCCUUGACUUGUUACACGUGUUGUGUUUCAGCCUGAUUUGAUUGAAAAUUAUUCACAGCCCUGAGUCAAUACAUGUUAGAAUCACCUUUGGCCGUGAUUACAGCUGUCAGUCUUCAAGAGCUUUGCACACCUGGAUUGUUCAAUAUUUGCCCAUUAUUCUAUUGAAAAUUCUUCCAGCUCUGUCAAGUUUGUUAUUGAUCACUGCUACACUGCCAUUUUCAAGUUUUGCCAUAGAUUUUCAAGCAGAUUUAAGUCAGAACUGUAACUCGACCACUCAGGAACAUUCACUGUCUUCUUGGUAAGCAACUCCAGUGUAGAUUUCUGGCCUUGUGUUUUAAGUUAUUGUCCUGCUGAAAGGUGAAUUAUUCUCCCAGUGUCUGGUGGAAAGCAGACUGAACCAGGUUUUCCUCUAGAAUUUUGCCUGUGCUUGGCUCCAUUCCAUUUAUUUCUUAUCCUGAGAAACUCCCUAGCCCUUAAUGAUUACAAGCAUACCCAUAACAUGAUGCAGCCACCACUAUGCUUGAAAAUAAUGUCUUGUAUUGGAUUUGCCCCAAACAUAACACUUUGUAUUCAGUAUAAAAAGUUAAUUGCUUUGCCA